AUGUAUAGAUUACCAGCAGAUCAAAAAUUAAAAUGUACAGAAUUUAUGAGUAUUACUGAAGCAACAGAAGCUAAAGCAAUUCAAUAUUUAAAAGAUGCAUCUUGGAGAACUGAUGCAGCAGUUGAUAAUUUCUAUUCAAAUCCAUCAAAUUUUGCAAAUAAAUUUGAUAAGAAAGCUAUUGAAACAAUAUUUAAUAAAUAUAAAGAUUCAGGAGAAGAACAAAUUUCAGAGAAAUUACCAGAAUUUGUAAAAGAUAUAAAUAUUAAUGAUGAAAUGAUGGAAUUAGCAGUUCUUUGGAAAUUUAAAACUAAACAAAUGGGUGUUAUUACAAAGAAUGAAUUUAUGGAAACAAUGGAGAGAUUAAGAUGUGAUAAUAUUUCAUCAUUAGAGAAACAAAUGGAAACAGUAAGACAACAAUUAAGCUCAAAGGAUUUAAAUAACAAUAGUGCAUUCAAAGAGUUUUAUAUGUUUGUUUUCGAUCUUGGUAAAGCAGAGAAUCAAAAGAAUGUUAGUUUACAAAUGUGUAUCGAAUUAUGGACCAUCGUUUUAAAAUCAAAGUUUGAUAAUUUACAAAUUUGGUUCGACUUUUUAAAUAAACAUCAUAAAUUAGCAAUUAGUAAAGAUACUUGGAAUUUAUUUUUAGAUUUUGUGAAAAUUGCAAAUGAUUCAAUCACAAAGUAUGACUCUGAAGGUGCUUGGCCAGUUUUAAUCGAUGAAUUUGUUGAAUACUAUAAAGAAAAUUGUAAAUAA